AUGAAUUCUUUUUUUGACGGGUAUGUUCAUGCUAAGACAAGCUUAAAAGAGUUUGUCGAUCAGUUUGAUAAUGCAUUGAGGAAGAAGAUUGAGAGUGAAAGUGAGGCAGACUUCCAAUCAUUCAACGUCACAAUUCCCGUCGUCUCUCCCUCUCCACUUGAGAAGAUUUUUCAAGGGAUAUAUACUUGCAAUAAAUUUAGAGAAGUUCAGAAAGAAGUAAUAGGGAUGCUUGCAACUCUUCCUACUUUAUACCGGAAGGAUGGUAUAAUUACAACGUAUCAUGUAGAAGAUGAAGUGGAUGUUGACGAUUUCAUCAAGGAGGUGACCCACACAGUAUAUUUUAAUGAGGCUGAAUGUGAAGUGAAGUAUUCAUGUGCCUUGUUUGAGAUGAGAGGGAUACUGUGUAAACAUGUAUUAAGCAUUAUGAGAGUUAACAAAGUUCGUUCAAUUCCUGAAAAGUACAUACUAGAUCGAUGGAGGAAAGACAUAAAAAGGACAUACACUCUUAUACGAAGUAGUUAUGACUUAGUUGAUCAAAGGCCCGAAGUUAGCAGAUAUUCACGUAUCAUCAAGAAAUGCUACGAAGUUGCCACAAAUACAUCUUCAUGUGAUGAGCACACUGAGGAUAUGCUAGCUAAACUAGAUGUGAUAAACUUAGACUAUCGCACCAACAAGCCACCCUCAAAGGUUGUAACUACUAAUGCCAACACAACGACAGAUGCGAGUUCUAAGAAAGUACUGAGUCCUAAUGUAUUGCAAGGAAAAGGUAGACUGCCAUCUCUUAGAAAAAAAUCAAUGAUUGAGAAAGUGAAACCCACGACAAAGAAGGCUAGUCAAAAAGGGAAGCAUAUACAGAUUUUGCUUGGGAUGGAUGGAACCCAGCCGGAUAGCUUGCGUGAAACACAACCGUCACAAUGA